AUGCUUCAGGAUAUUGGCGCUGAUUCUUCCGUCUGGACGAUUGGCUCCAACGAAGGCAACAUGUCGUGCCAAAAUUACAAUUUGAGUUUCGCCUGGUGCAACCCAAAAAGAGAAAUCAUCAUUCCCACGAUCCUGCAGAAAAUAAACAGUUUAGAUUUAGUUCAAAAAGGACUCACUACUUCCAUGCUUAGCGGUGCUGCCGUCUUAAAAACAUCAGAUUCAAAUUCAUUAUUUCCUUUUUUGUGCGAGCCAAAUGGUGAUUUUCAAGACUCUUGCCUUCCUCUUAAGUGCAACAAAGACAACACAUUGUUUGACGCGAAUGGAAAUAUUAAGGAUGGAGAAAAGUAUGGGAAGUGGACGCGUACCUGCGGCAAAUUGUACCUCUUCUCUAACAAGCUUGGAACCUGGCAGCAGAGUUGGGACCUUUGUUGCAGUUUGGGCAUGCACCCGAUAUGGUUUAGCUCAGCGUCUGAUUUCGAGUGUUUAAGCAACACCACCAAAGCGAAGUGGGCGCUAAACUGGAAUUAUUGGACGGCGGGACGCGCAAUGGGCACCUGGGGAAGGUGGGCCUGGUGCCCAGGGGCCAUCAACCUUCCCGACUCGCUUUCCUGGGCUCCGGGGCAACCGGACAAUAAUCAGACCAAUGAGAAUUGCCUUCACUUGCAAGUGACCAAAAAUUCGAGCGGAAUACUUUUGUCGGACCGGAACUGCAGCCACAAAUACGUCAUCGCUUGCCAGGGUGACGCGUUGAUGGCGUCCAACUGCAACAAGCCAAACUGUUCGAUGGAGUGUAGUAGAAAUGAAUCAAUUUUCACAAACGGAACAUUGGAUGAUCUAUUUGUUCACGGCCAGUGGAAUGCCGGUUGUGGCAAAGAUUAUCUGUUUUCGAAUGCAACUAUGGAUUGGUUGGGAGCGUGGAAUUAUUGUUGCUCUGUUGGAAUGAAAUUGGCCUCGAUUGAAGCUCUUGAGGAAUUGAGUUGUCUCACGAACAUGGUUGCGAAAUAUCCCAGAGCAGUCUAUCCUGAUCAAUGUGGAAGGGAUUUCUGGACAUCUGGCACCAACCGCGGUUGUCCAGGAGCUCACUUCUGGUGUUCAGAGAAUGAAAAAUUAAACAAGGAAGAACUAGCUAACUGGAAAAACGGGAAAAUGCCCUCGGAGAGUGCUGAUCAGUGCAUUUUCAUCAAUUUGUCAAAUUCGACUUUGAGUGAAACUUAUUUGGGCGCUGACUCUUGCACCAAGCAAAAACCGUUUCUUUGCGAGGCCUUGCAACCGGGCACAAAAUCAAUGCAAAUCGAGCGCACUUGCAAGGAAAUUUGGGGCGUGACAGACAGUGAAGUGAUUGAUAUAAUUAUGAAUCCAAGCGGUGACGUCUUAAACCAAAGACGAAAUCUGAAAUGUUAUCUAAGGUGCUGCGGGAAAAAAGGAAACGUGAUAAAAACUGGGUCACUGGUGACGGAUCAAAUUUUGCGCAACUUAGAGGACUUGACGGCUGACGACCCGCAAGCCAUGCAGAAUGGCUUUGGAAACUUUGAUUCCUGCGCUUCCUUUCAGUCCUCUGACGAAUGCAACACGACGGCCCAGGUGUUCGGGUGUGGCAAGAAAAAUGCACCAGACCUGACAAUCGGACUGGUCACUGCCAACAAAGGAGACGCCACUGUUUCAGUAACUGCUACAGGGGGAAUUAAAACCGGCAAUAGAGUUUGUCCUGUGUAUCCAAAUUGUGUACCAAACCAAGCAAAUAUUGAUGAAAUUAAAAACACGGGAUCGAGUAAUAUAAUCAAUUUACUUUUCACUCACUAAGAAUUUUGAAAUUCAAUAUUUUAUUUAGUAAAGGAGAAUCCCAACAACCUCAUUAGUCAUAUUUUCAUUUUGUUUUUACUUCGGAUUAUAUUAUCUCAAUUCCCGCUCACAGCGCUAAAUUUGAGCGAAGGUCUAACUUAUUUUAUUCCAGCUUUAGGGGCAGGUGUCCUGACAACCUCGACUGGCAAAAAAUACUUUAUAAAAUAUGUCUCAGGAAUUACUGACGCUCAAGCGGAAGCAGACUACUGCUGCAAACUUGGCAGCCACCUUGUCAUUUUCGAAAGCUUGGAGGAUUACAACAUUUUUAUGAAAGAAUGGCCAGAUUCUUCAGACCAUUGGGCUUUCGUUGGACCGACUUUCGACAACGGCGAUGGCACCGACAGCUGGUGCUCAACCUUCAAGAAGCUGCCAGCAGGACUGAUCACAGACAUCAACCAAUAUUAUCGCAACCAGCAGUUCACGACAGCAACUCGAAUUUACAUGACGAAAGCCGGCGGAUUGUCAUUAUAUUUAACUGGACUCGGUUGCAAUAGAGUUAUAUGUGGCCCACUUCCAUACUAGAUAGAGUAUCUUAAUUUCGAUCUAAUUAAUCCAAUCGAGGGAAAUAUUUUUAUUUAAGACAGUU